AUGGACACGAAUAGUGAUAGCAGCUACACAACCACAAAACCAGCAGACCUCUGCAUUAUUGAUGAUGCAUUGAAGGAUGCCAAGUGCAACGAGGUCACACGAGGAUUCUUCAGGACCGUGACUGAGGCGAACCGUGUGCGCAAGAUCGAGGCAAUCAUCAAGGGAUUCAACCAGAUCAUGACUGCCAGCCGCGGAGAGGUGUUAUGCAUGGUUACCACAGCAACGAAACCUGACCAGAAGGUUCUCGACCAGAUCAAGACCAUCUUGGGUGGUUUUGUCAGGAAGGACCAGAAGGUUGUCAUGGACGUCAAGGUUAAUCCUGGCCUUAUCGGGGGCAUGGUUGUUGAAGUUGGAGAUCGCUACUGUGACAUGUCGGUGGCCACCAAAAUCCGCCGCCUUUCUGAAUCCCUCAAUGCCGCCGUGUAG